AUGAUGGAUACAUCUUCACCUUCAAGAACAAAACCUAUUAAGCCUCUUGUCAAUGAUUUCGACUUGGAUGUGGUUGAUGAGGUAUUGUUACAUCCGGAAAAGCCGGAAUAUGUGGACCAUUUUGGCUUCACUGUGCAAGUGAAGUCUGAUCAUGAAUCGGAUACAAGCGAUUCUGAAGAGGAUGAAUUCCAAGAUGCAGCCAGUACAAAGAAAAGCAGCAGCAACACUUCGACACUGUCCGUCUCCUCGCCGCCAAACGAGCAUCAUCACCACCUGGAUGCGAUACCCAGUGUUACACAGCAACAUGUCAAUGAGACGACCCGCAACAGUAGUAUUACCACAGAUAGCACAGAUAAUGCUGAUACCCUGUCAACAGACUUGACUCUACACAGUAACAACAACAACAACAACAACAACAACAACAACAACAACAACAACACAGAGGAUUGGCAGAUGAUUUCUAGCAUAGAAAAGUUGGGUUCACACACGACAACAGCAUCAACACCUGACAAUGACAACAGGCCAACACAUAGUCCAACGCCCAGUACAACCAGUUAUUACGACUUACUAUUGUCAAAAUUCUCGAGAUCUGGACAUCACAAUUCCUCAAAGCAGGUGCAACUGCAAGAGGAAACAUCGCACAACUUGGAGCAGCUCAAAGAGCAAUCAUCGAGGGGAGACACCGACUGGGAGUUUUGGUCGUCCGUCAUUUCUGAUUUUGAGCGUGUCAACCGAACACAGCAUAGCAAAUUUCGAUCGCUGAUCAGUAUAGGCAUUCCAUCACAACUACGAGGCAAACUAUGGCGUAUCUUUUCCAAUUCUGAAACGGAUAGCGAUUUGGUUGAAAACGAAUAUCGUGAAUUACUUGAUCAGACAAGUCCGCAUGAAAAAUUGAUCCGCAGAGAUCUACCUCGUACCUUUCCUACACUGCCGUAUUUCAAAGACAAGGAUGGAGAGGGGCAAGAAAUGCUCUUCAAUGUCAUCAAGGCAUACAGCUUAUUUGAUGAGCAUGUGGGUUAUUGCCAGGGCCUUCAUUUUGUGGUGGGCGUGUUGCUAUUGCAUAUGCCUGACGAGGCAGCAUUUUGUGUCUUGCUCAAGCUGAUGGGACACUAUGAAUUGAGGGGCCAUUUUACACCGCAGAUGGAGAAAUUGCAUGAGCACAUGUAUCAAUUUGACCAACUAUUACUACAACAUCUGCCACAAGUACAUCGCCAUUUAGAUGCGCAAGGUGUGGUGCCUAACAUGUACGCCUCACAAUGGUUCAUGACGUUAUUUGCCUAUCGAUGCCCCUUAGAGCUUGUUUACCGUGUAUUUGAUCUAUUGUUUGUGGAGGGGUCAAACAUCAUUUUAAACUUUGCAUUGGCUCUGAUGAAGAAGAACCAGCAAGUGAUUCUUAGCCUCGAGUUUGAAUCACUGCUAGAGUUCUUUUCUGGGAGCAUAUUUGAUGCAUACAAGGACGACACUUAUGACUUUGUGCAGGACGCCUACAGCUUUGAUAUCCCAUCAAGGCAGUUGGCAAAACUAUCAAAGCAGUAUCAAGCUGAAGCUGCCAAAGAAGCCAAGAUGCAGUCCAUAGAAGAUGGCAUACGACGAGAGAACAUUGAGCUCCAAGAGCAAAUAAAAAAACUAAAGCUGUCCUACAAGACAUUAGAAAAAGAGCAUCAAGAUAUUGCACAGCAAGUCAUUAGCUCCAAAAUGUCAAUGGCCAGUCUGGAUGCAGAGAAUCAGCAAUUAAAGCACGAAUUAGCAGUGAUGAAGGCUGAAAUGGUAAAGAUCAAAAAUUGCAUGGACGAUGAACGGCAGAGGCAAUUCGAUGAAUUGGCGCAACACAAUGCUCACCUGGUGGAUACAAACUCGCAGUUGGAGGACAGACUGUCUGAAUUGGAGACCGUUUUGAUUGACAUGAAGCUAAAGUAUGCCGAAAGUGAAAAUGAUUACGAAUUGAUGAAGCAGAAAUUGCAUGAAGCUCAGAAAUUAAGCAACAUGCAUCAUUGA